AAAAAAAAGUUGGGCUCUCAUUAAAUCAAAAAAUGCCUCUAACUUUUUUUGGGUCGAGGUACAAACGAACAAGAAAAUGGUACAAACAAUUGGGAAUCUAUUCACUUUGAGAAAAUCCAAAUUUUCAAAUUUUGGGUGCCAGCCAUUUUUGAAAACGCUGUCACUUUUAGUUCAUCGUGGAAGAAAUAAAAAACAGAAUGGUACAAACAAGUACAAAUGAAGUACAAUCGAUUCCAAUUAAAAAAAAAUGUAUUCCUAAGUCGGGUGCCAAGUCCACAUUGGUGCUAAUUACGCUAUAGUUUCAGGUAGGAUCAACUAUGAAAAUCAUCGUAAUUUGACCAGAAAGAUAUGCACACGAUAUUUAUACUUCCAUCCUAAGCAGUUGAAUUUUAUUAUUUAAUUUGCAUCGCAAUUACCGCAGUGAUAACACCUUUGGGUGUAGCCAAACCCAAAUUAUGUUAUCUGACGAAUCCGUAAAUUAGAAAGAAUUUCAAAGUAUGAACAGUGUUGGAUAAGGCUUGUAGACGGAAUGGUGCACAAGGAUAAGUUAAUAUGAUCCAUAGAAUCGAGUGUCGGUGAUUUUUUAAGAUUUUACAAUAGUUUUUCACAGGUCGCUAUUCGAGGUCUGAUCCCGAGAGUUUUGGGAAUCACGAUAUUCUGCAUUUUGACUAUGAUAUAAUUGCCAUGAUAUUUAUGCAUACUUGUUGUUAGAGAAAAAGAAAGAAUAACUGUGGAUUUUGUGUAAAACUCGGGAUUAUCUAGGUAGUAAUCAUUAAGAAUUUAUAUUUGAAAAUCCUUUUGUGCGAUUUCCUACGAGGUCGACUUUGCCCUGUCGACUUCGAAUGUCGCGCACGCAUUCAUUUGACAGCUACGGGUAUUUUGACAGUUCGCUUGCAGAAGACAAGUGGAUGACGAAAUUUGUGUUUCCCCAUCGGCCGGGCGUUUGGAACUAUCCAUACCAUCUAGGACACCUUAUCUAUUUAGCGUAGCAAAGAUCGUGAUUACGUCUAAACGAAUUACACAACAGGUUAUCUCUUAUCAUGAGGUUGGAUUCAGUCAAUAAUACCUUGAAAUGAUGCGGUUAUUGUGCUCGAAGCUAAAAACUUCUCACUAAUCAUCAAUCGUGGAAAAUCAAAAUAACAUGCUGCACGGAUCGGACUCCAAAAUCACUGGGGUUAACUCAAAAAAUGUGUUCCUGUCAUCUAUGAUAUCUGGAGGUGUUGCUGGGACCGUAUGCGACCUGACUUGCUUUCCUUUGGACACGUUGAAAACUAGACUCCAGAGCCAACAUGGAUUUAUGAAUUCCGGAGGAUUUGGGAAACUAUACCAGGGAAUUUUUCCUGUAAUGAUCGGUUCUGCCCCAGCAGCAUCUUUGUUCUUCAUAACAUAUGAGGGAAUAAAGGAAUAUCUUCAGCCUAAAGUUCCACUUUCUUAUCACCACUUCAUUCACAUGGGUGCUGCUUCUCUUGGUGAAAUGGUCGCAUGUCUGGUUCGUGUGCCGGUAGAGGUAGUAAAGCAGCGAAAACAGGCGCUGUUAGUUGAUAGCGAGACUCUGAAACUGAAAACUUUAUACCGUGGAUAUGGAAGCACAGUAUUGAGAGAUUUGCCUUUUGGUCUAAUACAAAUGCCAAUGUGGGAGUAUUUCAAACUUUGUUGGAAACACUAUGUAGGCAGAGACUGCACUCCGUUUGAAGGGGCUACCUGUGGAGCUCUUUCAGUUGCAAUCGCUGCUGUGAUAACUACACCUUUAGAUGUUGCUAAAACCAGAAUCAUGCUGUCCGAUACUUCGGCAAAUAAAGCAGAAGUCAAAAUAUCGACCAUGCUGAAAGAAGUUUACAGAGAACAUGGAUCAAAAGGGCUGUUCGCUGGCUUUGCUCCUAGAGUGUUUGGGUUCACGUUGGGAGGCUUCGUAUUUUUUGGGAUUUACGAACAAGUUAAAGCAAUGUGUGGCACAAUUUUUCCAUAUAAUAGUGCUUCUAGCAGAUAACGUUUCAAAAAUAGAUAUUUGGAAAAAUAGAGAACUUCAACACAAGUUGGACGGUAAAGUAUCGUUUACUGAAUUAUUAAACAAAACAUUGAAUAUCUUUCAUCACCUUUGAUAUGAAUAACAUUCUUUAAUACAUAUCUGCCGUGCAAGUUCUUUAAAAAUUUUUGAAUAAGCUAUCCGUUACCUCAACGUCUGGUCACUAGGCUUACACUGGGAUUCAGAGUUUCUCAGCAGGAUCUCGAUAUUUAGAUUAUAAACUUUUUAAAGAAUUAUGAUGAUUAUUUUAUAAUGAUCGAGUACUUUAAAUGCCGCGUAAUUAAACGAGAAAUAAGCUACUCAUGUACCGUGUACUUAUUUCACCAAGCUUUUCAAGUUAUAGCUUCAAUAUGGAGAAAUGAAUCUACAUUCUCAAGUAAAUCGGCUGUACAAAAUUCCCAUGAACCAUUUAACAUACAUGUAUAUGAUCUACAAAUAUUGUUACUUUUAUUGUUAUUACAAUCGAUUAAAUAAAAUAAAUAAAAGGUAAA